GAUGCGCCACUUACACACUUUAGAAACGUUCAUUAGCCCGUUCAUUCCUCGAUAUUACACUGUGUGGUGAUUUGCAAUGUGACCCCUCUCUUUAACCUGCCUCGGUUCAUUCAAACCUUGAAUGACAUCCUUUGCUCAAACUAGUUUUGUCUGAGCUGCAAGCACAAAUUCUCCUUCCGAAUCCUCCAUCAACGAUGCCCCUCGAUGCCCCCACGUGCGUCUUUCAGAUACAGUAUUAAAUGGCGCUUUAAAGCGUUCGGCCCUCCGUGCAUCCAUUCACCCCAUCCACGUCAUGGCCAACAGCGUUUUGAGCUACUCAAGGAGUCUUCCUGUCAGUGAAUCCCAACCUGUUAUAUCUGAAGAGCAGGCUACCGUCAAAAUCAAAACAGAACCUGGAUUCAAAAGCAAACAGGAGAACCUGUCCAGCACGUUCACAAUUGCUGCUGCAGGACUAGGGCUUAUCAGCGACGGAUAUCAAAAUAACCUUAUGACCAUGGCCAACGUGGUAUUCAAGAACAUCUAUGGGACAGAGUACUCCUCCACUGUCUCUACUAGAGUGUCUAACGCCCUGCUUGUUGGCGCGGUUCUUGGACAAGUUUUCGUUGGGUUGAUAUGUGAUCGCAUUGGCCGCAAGGUUGCUCUUUUCGCUACGACGGCUCUUAUUGUUUUCGGUGCGACCCUUGCAACCGCUGCUCAUGCUUCAACUCCGGCUGGCCUCUUCUGGUUUCUAACAGUGGCUCGAGGUAUCACUGGUGUGGGGGUGGGUGGAGAAUAUCCUGCAGGAUCCACCAGUGCGUCCGAAGCGGCUAAUGAAAGAUCGCCCAAAAAUCGGGGGCCCAUCUUUGUUAUGGUCACCAAUUUCGUCCUCAGUUUCGGUGGCCCCCUAGCUGUUUCAGUAUUUCUUAUCGUGCUCUGUGCCGCCAGAAAAAAUCACCUUCAGACUGUUUGGAGAGUUUCUUUUGGUAUUGGGAUCAUCCUACCUCUGGGGGUAUUUAUUGUACGAAUGAGAAUGAUGUCGACCAUUCUUUACAAGAAAGGCGCCAUUAAACACAACGUUCCCUAUGGCCUCGUUGUAAAACGAUACUGGAAAUCACUUAUUGGGACAUGCUGUGCCUGGUUUCUAUACGACUUUGUCACUUUCCCUAAUGGGGUUUUUUCUGCUACCAUCAUUUCCAGCGUUAUCAAGGAUAGCGAUAUAAAAAAGACCGCUGAAUGGCAACUUCUACUUGGAGCGAUUGCACUUCCUGGAAUUUUUGUUGGCGCGUGGCUCUGCAAUGUCAUUGGCCGAAAAAACACGCUGAUGCUGGGAUUCAGUGGCUAUCUCGUGUUCGGCUUAAUUAUUGGAUGUGCAUACGACAAGAUAACGUCAAUCGUGCCUUUAUUCGUCGUAUUCUACGGCCUCAUGCAAUCUUCUGGAAAUAUGGGUCCUGGUGAUAUGAUGGGUCUGGUUAGCGUCGAGUCAUAUCCCACGGCGAUCAGGGGGACAUGCUAUGGUAUUUCCGCUGCCCUUGGUAAAGUCGGCGCAGCUGUCGGUACGCAAGCUUUCACCCCCAUCGAAACUAAUCUGGGAAAGAAAUGGACUUUCAUCGUCGCUGCCAUCUGUGGCGUUUUUGGGAUUCUGGUCACCUACUUCUUCAUACCAGAUAUGACUGGUGUUGAUUUAGCGGACGAGGAUGCCAAGUUCAUGGAAUAUCUUGCUGUCAAUGGAUGGCAAGGCCGCGUGGGGGAAGAUGAUGAUGCUGAACUCACUGUUGCUGUUGAAACUGGUAGUUUGGAUGAAAAGAAUUAGUAUAUUCUGAGCUUCACAUACUUAAUGUCGUACUGGCUUUGCUUUGACAUUUUACAUCUUCGGAUAGCUUCGGAUACUGUAUGAGUAAUCACUUUUUUGGGGUGAUAACUGUUGCUUUGACCUUUUCUCAAGCGCCAGCUAUGUUUCAACUCCCGCUU